AUGGAGCCUAUUGGAGCCUUUUUUGAUGAAGAAUGGGAAUCAUUGAGCAAAAUGUUUUCUAUUGAAGAUUCUGAUUUCAUGUGGCAUUUCCAUGGCAGUGAGUCGUUUUGGAAUCAAGUCGAAAAUGGUUUGAGCUCCCAAAUUCCGUCAAAUUUCUUGGAUAUUACAGAAGUAGAUGUGGCUGCCGGAGUCGAUGAAACUGUAUUGUUUUCCACUGAUCAUGCUCUUGACACGACUAACUUUUAUUAUGUUUCUCAAGAAAGUAGCAAUAACAGUACUGAAAAUGACAGUGUCUUUUUUACCAAUCCAGAAAGUGUUGUUAAUUUUCCUGAUCAGUCCACUCAAUUUUGUAUUGUGGACCAAAAAAAUGAUCAUAACUUUCCAGCCAGUUUUCCUACUGAUCAUGCGAUGGAAGACAUUUUGUUUAUUAAAGAAGAGAUGGGCAGUGGCCAACUGGAGAAGCUAAAAAGUCCUACUGCAGAAAUUGGAGAUUCCGUCAAGGAAAUGCAGUUCAAGAGGAAGUCCGAGACACCAGAAGAAAAACUGGAGGAAAAUUCUCCGAGGAAGAAAUCUAGAGUUCCUAGAGAUGCGUCAAGAAAUGAACCACGGAUUAAUGGCCAGAAGAAGAAGAACAAGAAUGUUAAUAAAAAUUGCAAUGAUGAACUAGAAGUGACUGAUGGUGGAGAAAAUGGAAGGAGUACUAGUAGUUGCAGCCCUGAGGAUGAUUGUAAUGGUUCUCAAGAAUUAAAUGGAGUGGAAAAUUCAGAAUCCAAAGGCUCAGCCACUGUGAAUUCAAAUAGCAAAGCAAGAGCCAGUAGGGGUUCUGCAACUGAUCCCCAAAGCCUUUAUGCAAGGAGAAGAAGAGAAAGGAUAAAUGAGAGAUUGAGAAUCUUGCAGAAUCUUGUCCCAAAUGGAACAAAGGUUGACAUUAGCACAAUGCUCGAAGAGGCUGUCCAUUAUGUCAAGUUUUUACAGCUUCAAAUUAAGGUCUACAAGGAAUCCCACCUUAAUCUCGAGGAGACAAACCAACUCUCCCUAGCUUGGCUAUUUCUUCUUUGCAGAAAUUUGAAGACGUGUUCCAUGAAGACAUGCCUAAUACCACCAAUUAGAGGCAUCGAACAUCACAUUGAAUUUGUACCUGGAGCUAUUAUUCUAAACCAACCAGCCUAUAGGAGUGAUUUCAAGAAGACAAAGGAGCUUCAAAAGUAA